CAAUAGACGUUUACAGGCCGUGGACGCGAGGAUGUGUGAUGAAUGAUGCGGUCGCGCGAGUCAAGCGUGCGCAGGUGAUUUACCUGCGCGAACCGGCCAGCGGACCAUGCAGAAGAAAGUCUUUACUACUACAGAAGUGUGUCAAGAAGCGAGUUCUGAAUCAGGGAUGUAAGAGGAGCUGACACACACACACACACACACACACACACACACCUGAUCCGGGUAUGCCAUGGGGAACUGCUGGGCUCAAUGUUUCGGGCUCUUCAGAAGGGAAGCAAACCGGAUCCAAAGAGGAGGAGGGUCAAAGUACUUCAAAAGUAGCACAGCUGGGGAACACUAUACAAUAGAGUUUGAGAAUCUUGUGGAGAGCGAUGAGGGGGAGAGUUCUCAAAGCGGCCCCAGACCCAUCAUUGAGGAGGAGAUGGGACACUUGAAGGAGCAUCGCUACACUGCCAUCUCAGACGCACAGGCGCUGAUCGACGAGAAGCUGAACGCAGAGUUAGUGGCAGAAGAGGAGAAGUUAAGGCUAGAAGAGGAGGCAUUAUUUGCCGCCCAGCGCGAGGCAGCGCGGCUCGCUAUGGAACGAAAGCUAAAGGAGGGGAAGCCGCAGUCAAAGAGGAUCAAACUCCGGACAGAAGCGCAGAGCAAUGAUGCUCGACACAAGCCCAAAGAGUCAGACGAAGAGUUUGAUGUGUUCUAUCUGCGGAAUGUGAAAGCUCAGUCUGAUGCUUACCGCUCCAACAGACUCAGUUCUGAAACGAACGCAGUGACCCCGAACACCGAGAGCAGCUGGGACUUCACCAGUAAAACUGAUGCCACCUCACUGGAUCUGGAGUGGGAGGAUGAGGAGGGAAUGAACAGGAUGGGUCACGCAUGGGAGCGCUCCAAAACAGAGGAGGACAUUUUACGGGCGGCUCUUCAUCCAGGUGGGAAACAGUUGGGCAGCGGACCCACCUCCACCUCAGAAGACUCCAACGCUCUGGAAUGGGAGAACGAUUUUGUGAGCGCUCAUGUCGAGGACGGUGGUGACCGUGGCGAUGAGGACUUUGAGGGGUUUGUUAAUCCAGUUCUGGACACGCCCACUGAGGAGGCGGAGCAUAAAGACAGCUCUGAGCAUCAGGAUAGAUAGUCCAUAUAGGGCUUUCAGUGUGAUGUCACAGCAGACCCGUCAGACAAUACAGAACUUAUUUAUAUCGCAGCAUCAUUGUGAUGAUUCUGACAGAAAAAUACAAGGAACAAAAACAACUACAGAAGCGAUUGAAUGUGUGCUUCAUCAUUGGAUGAAUCUCACGUGAACACAUCAGGGUUACUUUUUAUUUGCUCCUAGUUUUUUGAGAACCAUUAAGAUUCUUUGCAUCUUGACAUAAAUAUUUUCAUGAUAGUCGAGCAUGUUUUCCUACCAAAUUUAAUUACUGCCAACAUUAAAAAUGUUUUGUCAUUUCUAAUCUUCUCGAUGGGGCUUUAUUAUAAUAAAACAAGUGUACCGUUUACAAAACCGUAAACCGGUGACUUUCAAAACAUACAUUAUUGUGGCUUUAAAUCAUAAACUAAAGUAUGUACAGUGUAUGACAAGUUAAAGAUUUAAAUAAUUUCUCCACAUUAAAGUAGAUUUUUCUUGUAUUACAGUGAUUGUUAUGAAAAUUACAAUUAAACUUUUGUCACAAAUCAGAACAGCACAUUCCUCUUUAUGGUUCUUAAGACUUUUUAUCUUAAAACGAAAUAUAAUUUCAUCAGUCUUGAGGAUUUUUGUUUUUAAAUGCAUCCGUAAUUUAUUUUCGCUGAUUUAUAUCUAUGUUGGCUGAACGUUGAAAUUAAUAUCAGAAUUGGAAAAAUGGACUUAAUACUUCAAAAGUUGACAGAACUGAAUGAAGUGCAGUCGUAGAAGACGUGUUUGGUUUGAUGAAAGCAUCGUUCAUUUGAGCCAUUGUUGUUUUCUGUCAUUUCUAUGAAACAAUGAUGACAGUGUUUUGCAUGUAACGCAGAUCUUAACUGUGAGGGUCAUGAAACAUCCGCUGGGGUCUGAAGUAUGCAGGACACACACUGUUAGAAAGGGAGGAAAUGAAAACACUUGUUGCCUCAAUGGAGAGGUGGAUUUGAGAAUAUUAACAUUCCACAAGUGCUUUUAACAUUUGCUGUGUUUUUGUGGCUCACAGCUCCAGAUCCACUAAUGUUGUCUAUCGGUUAUUCACAACUUGGAUGAAAUGGAGAGAAAAGAGAGAGAAAACUUGAAUGUAAUGUAAUCCUGGAGACACUGCCAGACAUUGAAUGAAUUUUGCUGUAGAUGAUGAUUAUUAAUACAAAUAAUGUGAUCCUCUAUACAGGAUGACAUCUGUAUUUAAUUCAUCACACUUCACCCCAGAAUGUAAAUGAACUAGAGAUUGUAUAUGAAGUCCGUUUUAGGAUCAUAAUGAUAUUUUGUGUAUUGAAUGUUUCUGAAAUUUCAAUGAGAUUUUGGUACAUUCUGACUUGUCAUGAAAACAUAGUUAAAUGCUUAAAAUCUCAACAGUCCUAAAAUAUUAUGCAAUUAUUUUGCCCCGUUUGGAUUUUGGGGUGAAUUGUGACUUUUUUGACACAUCUGUCGCUGGAUAAAUAAACAAGGCACUAAAUUGUUAACGUCAGAUGUAUUGAGAGUACAUUUGGUACUUAAUAUUCAAGGGCGUCUUGGGUCAACCCCAAAAGAUAAUUCAUCUGAAAUAUCACUAAAGCUUUAAAUGUGUUUGAAUGAAUGCUGAUGUGUAUGUGAAGGAUUGAUAAUGAACACUAAAGGCCUUUAAGAGCUCAGGCUUCACUCUUAUGUGUUCUAGUCCAGGGGUUUUCAAACUGGGGUCAGGGGGCCCCAGGGGCCUCCAGAAGGAUGCAAGGGGUCCCCCAGAAAUUUUCUAGGAAAAAAGAUUAGGCAAAAAUGAUCAAAGUCCACAGUGUUUAUCUGCGUUUUUUGCUAUGGAUAGUUUCCAGAAUUGUUUAUAUUUGAAUCUUUCUAGUGAGUUUUUCUCACUAUAGUUUCUUUUUUCGGACUCAAAGUGAAAUUGUUGCUGACUAUUUAGGUUUAGAAACAAUAUGUUGUCUUUAUAAUAUUCUGUUUACUGUUUAUUCUACAAAUUUUUAAGCGUUUCUUUACACAGAAAAAAACAUAGAUUGAUAUAUAUUUUAGAAAAGGGGGUGCCUUACAAAAGGUUAAUCAUAUUUGGGGGUCCUUGCCAUCAUAAAGUUUGAAAACCCCUGUUCUAGUCGAUAAUGCUGUGAACAAAAAUGUCACUACAACCAAAAGAUGUGUGUGGAGUACAAUCAUGUUCUUUUCUGAUUCUCUCAACAUGUCACCUGAACGUGAUCACGCCAGUGUUUCAUUUCUUUACCUUGAUUUUGAAGCUCCUGUUGUUUGAAGGGUUUGGGAGCAGGUGUAUAAAGAUGUGAAUAAACAUUGAACUGAUGGAAGA